ACAGACAUGUGCAGCGCAUAGUGCACAUGACUUGUUUUUCUCGUCUCCAUGACUUCUGAGAAAUGAUCGCCCCGCCCACUUUCUUACCUUAUCACCGUCUAAGCUCAAUUCUCAUUUCUGUCUUGGUUUUGAGUAACAAUGCCCGAAGAAAUUGUGACAAGAGUUAUUACAUUCUUCUUUCCCUAUGAUUCUAAAGUUGAAGAAUACGAAAAUAGUGACUGGUAUCGAGGAGAUCCCAGAGACCAUUCGAAUGGUCAACCUAAUGGUCAUGAGAUGUGGGGACAUGGGCAGAUCGGAUGGUGGCAGAAGGAUGAAAACGGAUGGCAUUGGUAUUGGGAGGAUGAAUCAAAUAUGCCUAGACCUACUCAGGGGCUAAGUGAAAUUAUGUCUACAACAACUACUACAGGAUCGCCAUUGUCUAUUUACUCCACAACUCCGUCCGACGCCCCGGAAACCUACAGCGACACAGUGCUCUCAGUGGUUCUUGGGUUUUAUGCUCUUUUGCUGUUGAUUGCUUUUGCAAGCAACAUUUUACUAGCCGGUGUGAUUAAGAAAUAUCGCUGGGGAAUGAAAAUGGCGUUGCUUUUCCAUUUAUGCGUGACUGGAGCUCUGCUGUCUAUCACUAAUACGUUGCACCUGCUCGCCAGCGGAUAUCAUUUGCUGAAACGACAAAGGAAUAGCUCAACCGUGCUCCAAUCCUUUGCGAUCAUCGCCUGGGUCGACCAUUUCAUUGGAUUUGCGCUUCUUAUUUUCGUAAUGUACCUUGCGAUCUUCUGCUUCAAAUUCUACUGGAAUAACAAAACCCGCAGCAUCGAAUGGGGUAGAUCAUAUGUCCUCUACGCUGUCAUCUCCACUUGGGUUAUCGCAUUUUUGAUUGCCGGCUUCACCGCGUUUUUCCAAUGCGAUUCACACAUCAACUCGCAGGAUCAGUGCAUUCAGAUUGUGUGUGCUGUCUCGAAUAUUUUUUCGGCUAUAUUCACGGAGCUUCUGACAAGAGUUCGAAUCGUUAUCAUUGUGAUUAUCAUACUUUUGAUUCUCUUCUCAGUUCGUGUUGGAUCCUCGACCGUCCGACGAGAGAGUAUGGUGAAAGUGGAAGGAGCAGAUAUUCAUGGUGAUCGGGAGCUUCUCUUGAUGUGCUGCACGGUGUUUGGCAUUUAUGAGUUGUCCAUUCUUCUCCCACAACUGCUAAUUUUCUUCUGCAUUUCACCACUCUUGUCUGUCGCCGCGUGGCAUUUCGGCGUCUUGUUUUCGACGCUUGCCACGCCGAUCGCCGUGAUUCUCAUCAGUCGGAACACCAGAGAUCGCAUGUGGCUCAUGUACACGUGCUCUGGUAGAAAAAACAAGAAUGCACCACAAGGAAGUUAUGCACAUACCGCCAAGAAAUAUCAUGACAAUGCUGUGGAGGGAGGCAAUGGGAGACGAGCGUCAGCGACUACAAUGUUCAGUCAGGAACUCUCAUCCGAUUCGUCUGAUGAACGACAUGCUAGGAAACUUUCGAUGAUCGUUGAAGAGCCGUCAAGAAAACCGUCGUAUGUGGAAUGUGCGCCAGUGGAACAUCACCACGAGGUAGUAAUACAUCAAGCACAACCCGAGCCAGAGUUUUCUAAGACUCCCAAGCUUCCGAACGUAAUCAGAGUCCAAUCAGCCGACCACGUGGCACGUAGUACUGUCGACUAUGAUGUCUCGAGACGUCGGAUGUCAUACCACGACAUGCCGCAAGUUGGUGACAAUCUUGCCAGUCUGGUCAACUCAAGAACUAAGCGGUUUAGUUUGGGAGGACCAACUGUGAACAUGAAUCUGCCAAAUCAAAUAUUUGUGCACCAUAUUCAUCAUGAUAAUAAGAUAAAGCCGAUAGAGCUACGCCCCAGUCCAAUGAUCAGUAUGAUAGACUAGAUUUGAACAUACAAAUUUACAUUUAUAUUUUUGUUUUUCUUAUAAAAAUUUGAAUAAAUAAACAUAUUU